UGCAUUUUGAUACCAUAAAUCACCAAAUUAGGUACUAUAAAAAUACAUCAAAUAGCCUUCACUUGUGAUACAUUAGAGCCAUGAAUAUCAUCUGCCCAUCUUUAUUCAUUUUAAUCAUCCAUUUCUUAAGCCUUUUAAGCUCGGUCUUGUCAAAUAGUGAGGACCGUGUUGCUCUCUUAGCCAUUAAGUCUCAAAUUACUCAUGACCCUCAUGGAGUUUUAAACUCUUGGAACGACUCUCUUUCGAUUUGUGACUGGCAAGGUAUCACUUGUGACACUAGCCAUCCUCAUCGAGUCGUUGGCUUAAAUCUUGAGCACAACGAUUUGGUGGGAACUCUAUCACCUUAUGUAGGAAACUUAAGCUUCUUAUACAAUAUUUCCUUAGCCAAUAAUACUCUUGGAGGAUAUAUACCACCUCAAAUAGGUAAUCUCUUAAGUUUAAGGUACCUAGCUUUAGAAAAUAACAACUUUCAAGGCCAAAUCCCGGCGAACAUAUCUCAAUGCUUAAAGCUCCGGUCACUUGGUCUAGGAGGCAACCGUCUUACAGGAAUGGUUCCGUCUCAGCUUAGCCUCCUAUCUAAAUUAGAGUAUUUAUAUCUUUAUAAAAACCAGCUUAUGGGUGAUCUUCUCAGCACAGUCGUUAUGAAUUUGACAUCUUUGCGACAACUGUCUGCAUCAUUCAAUUCCUUUGAAGGAAGCAUUCCACACAAUAUUGGAGCAAUACUAAAAAAAUUGACUUUUCUUAGUAUUGGAGAAAAUAAAAUGUCAGGUACUAUUCCUCCUUCCUUUUACAAUCUUUCAAACCUUCAAGUCCUAGAUUUGAGCCUUAAUCAACUUCAUGGAACCCUUCCUUUGGAUAUCGGGUUUCGACUUCCUCAGCUAACCAUAUUCCACAUAGGUAAUAAUUCCUUCCAUGGAAAUCUCCCAGCUUCUCUCUCAAAUCUUACUCAUCUCGUGGACUUAAGUGUCUACUCUAACAACUUCACUGGAAAAUUCAUGUUUAGUGCUAAAAAUAUGCCUAAUUUGGAAAGCUUUGAUGUCUCCUCCAACUACUUAGGGACAGGAGAAGUGGGGGACUUAAGUUUUCUACAAACUCUUGUUAAUUGUACCCAAUUAUAUUUUUUACAAUUAAGUUCCAAUAAUUUUGGUGGGAUUUUACCAGAUUUUCUUGGUAACUUGUCCUCUGAUUUGACCGAGUUAGAUUUUGGACUUAACAAAAUCUACGGAACCAUUCCCAUGGGAUUGUACAACCUCGUAAACUUAGAGCGACUAAGUCUCCAAGGAAAUCGGCUAACCGGUCAUCUUUCUCCUCUAAUAGGAAAAAAGUUAACUAAACUACAAGCCUUAAAUUGUAUGAAUAAUAAUCUCCAUGGACCUGUCCCUUACUCAUUAGGAAAUUUAUCGCGAUUGAGUUGGUUGUACAUGGGCUAUAAUAACUUUGAAGGUAUAAUACCCUUAAGUCUAGGAAAUUGUACAAAUUUGUUAUAUGUGUCACUUAACCAAAACAACCUCACUGGACCUCUGCCUCCUCAUCUAUUCCAUGCUUCGAUGAUAGUUGAACUAAAUUUGCACCAAAACCGCCUACAAGGAGGUAUCCCGGUGGAGAUUGCUCAACUGACAAAUUUAGUGGCAUUCGACGUAUCAGAAAAUGAAUUAUCCGGUGAGCUCCCUAGUAGCCUUGGUAGUUGCAUUAGCCUUGUUGGACUAUUUAUGGGAGGGAACGAUUUCACUGGACCUAUCCCUCAAUCCUUCAAGUCUUUAACUAGUUUGAAUUACUUGCAACUAUCUCAUAACAGAUUAUCUGGCCUUAUUCCGAAUUUUUUGGCUAACCUUUCAUUGAUGACAUUAGAUUUAUCUUAUAAUGAAUUUGAGGGAGAGGUCCCUAGACUUGGGAUUUUUACCAACUCUAGUGCCAUUAUAGUUGAAGGGAAUAGCAAACUUUGUGGUGGGAUUUCUGAGCUUCGUUUGCCUAGAUGUCCGAAAAGAGAAUCAAAUAGAAGGGGUAGAUUGUCUGUUGCUGUGAUCGUGAUUAUUGCACUGGCUUCAUUGAUUGUUGGUGUAUCGAUAGUGGUAUCAGUAUACUUCCUGCUUCGUACGAAGAGGAAAUCCAAUAAACUGUCACAUACAUCAUUGUUUAAUACAGAGCACUUCUCUAGAGUAUCAUACGCAAUGCUUCUACAAGCAACAGACAAUUUCUCAGAAGAAAAUCUACUUGGUACUGGCCAUUUUGGUUCUGUUUAUAAAGGAGUUCUUGAUAUAGAGGGAAAUACAGUUGUGGCUAUUAAAGUAAUCAAUCUUGAAAUAGAAGCAGCUACAAAGAGUUUCAUGGCCGAGUGUGAGACAUUGAGAAAUAUCCGUCAUAGGAACCUUCUUAAGAUUGUCACUGCUUGCUCGAGUACUGACUUCCAGGGUAAUGAUUUCAAGGCAUUGGUUUACGAGUUCAUGCCAAAUGGGAAUCUUCAACAAUGGAUUCACACCGAUCAACAUGAGAGAACCUUAAGUCUCCUACAAAGAGUAAACAUCGCGAUUGAUGUGGCAUGUGCAAUAGAUUAUUUGCAUAACAGCUACGACGUGCCUAUAAUUCAUUGUGAUCUAAAACCAAGCAAUAUUCUUCUCGACAGUGAUAUGGUUGCUCAUAUAGGAGACUUUGGAUUAGCAAGAUUUUAUUUAGAUACAACCGCGAAUAAUAGUAGUUCAGUUGCUGUCAAAGGUACAACUGGCUAUGUUGCUCCAGAGUACGGCCUAGGAAGCAUGGUAUCUAAGGAAGGUGACAUUUACAGUUACGGCAUUGUGUUGAUAGAGAUGAUGACCGCAAAAGCUCCCACUAGUACCAUGUUUGGGGGAGGUUUAGACCUGCAUAAUUAUGCAAAAUCGGCGUUGUCUGAACAACUGAUAAACAUGAUUGAUCCAAGGCUGCUAGAUGAUGGUGCUUGUGCAAGCAAUGAAAACAAAGACCAAAAGUUGGUAGGAAAUUAUGACAGUAGUAAAAUGAUGUGCUUGAAGUUACUCAUUGAAAGCGGAGUAAAAUGUUCAGUGGAAACACCACAAGAUCGAAUGAGAAUCAAAGAUGCUAUCAGAGAGUUACAAAUGACUAGGGACAUGCUUCUUACAAACUUUGUAUCCCCUGUACAAUAAAUUUUAAGUUACAUUGUAUUAUAUUAUCUUGGAAGAAUAAUAUAAUACAAUGUAACUUAAAAUUUAAUAUAGUAUUUGGAGAGUACUCCCUAUAUUCAUAGGAAAGCCGAAUUUCUUCACCCACAAACAUUUAUGUCAAAUGCAAGUUAUGUAUUCUAUAUUUGUAUAAUUGUAUUACAAAAUUAAAAAAAUCAAGAAUUAAGGACUUAUUAAUCGU